UCCCUUGCUGGCUGUAAGACCUCGGCACUGGGCCGGAGCACUAGCCUCACCGAGAAGGAUCUAAAAGAGGCCAAGGCGAGGAGCCAGCAGAUCGCAGCCCAGCUGACCACCCCUCCCAGCUCCAACUCCCGCGGUGUCCAGCUCUUCAACAGGCGCCGGCAGAGGGUGAACGAGUUCACCUUGGAGAGCCACGGCCAGACGGGACAGAAGCCCAGCCAGGAGUCCCUCAGGGUGCCCACCGCCAGCCCCACAGGCCAUGCCCCAGGGCUCAGCCUGAGUCCCACCUCCCUCCCUGAGCCAGGCCCUCAGAGAAACCCCGCCUGCCAGAGCGCUGACACAGGGGUCCCUGGUCACAGCAUGGAGGACUCCUCAGAGGAAGCCAGCUUGCUGCGGCACCUGGAGAAGGUGGCCAGUGAGGAAGAGGAGGUACCACUGGUGGUUUAUUUAAAGGAGAACGCGGCCCUGCUGACGGCCAAUGGGCUCCACCUGUCCCAGAACCGAGAAGCCCAGGAGACACCCCCAACUCCACCUCCGGCGGAGGUCCACAGCCCAGCCACAGAUGCCAGCCAAAACCUUCCCUUACCCGGCGCCACGCUCAUCACGCCAGCUUCCAACAGCAACCACAACCUCCCGGCCACAGAUGUCGAUCAGAACCCACCGGCAACUGUCACCCCGCAGAGCCUGCCACUGUCCAGCGUCCAACAGAAUUCUUCACAGGCACAGCUCCCGCCGAAGGGUCCAGUGCCAGAUUUCAAACCCAGCACCCCGUGUGCUGGUGGGCAACCCCAGGAGCCAGCUGCGGAGGUGAGAUCCAGCACCCUACUAAUUGAUAAGGUAUCAGCUCCACCUACCACCACCAGCACCUUCUCCAGAGAAGUUACUCCCAUCUCCAGCUCCAGGUCCCCAGCCCCAGAUUUCAUGUCCACCUCCCUGCUCAUUGAUGUCCAGCUUGGUGCUCCAGUGGUGUCCACAGAACAAGAGAUGUCCGGGCGGGCAGCUGCCACCACGCCCACCAAACUGUACAGCGAGGUCCACCUCACGCUGGCCAAGCCCCCAUCUGUGGUCAAUAGGACGGCCAGGCCCUUUGGGAUUCAGGCGCCGGGCGGCACCAGCCAGAUGGAACGAAGCCCCAUGGUAGAGAGACGACAUCUUGGAGAGAAGGGUCCCGCUCCCCAGCCCCCCAGCGUGGCAGACAGGAGCCCUCGGCCACAGAGACACAUCAUGUCCCAUAGCCCCAUGCUGGAGAGGAGGCCUGUGGCACAGCGAAGCCCCGCCUUGGAGAGACGCCCCUUGGGGAACUUCACCCCACCCCCAACCUAUGCCGAGACCUUGUCCACAGCCCCCCUGACUUCCCGGGUUAGGUCUCCCCCCUCUUACUCUGCCCUGUACCCCAGCUCCGACCCCAAGCCUUCGCAUCUAAAGGGCCAGGCAGUUCCCGCCAGCAAGACGGGCAUUUUGGAGGAGUCGAUGGCCCGCAGGGGCAGCCGGAAAUCCAUGUUCACCUUCGUGGAGAAGCCCAAGGUGACCCCGAAUCCAGACCUGCUGGACCUGGUACAGACAGCGGAUGAGAAGCGGAGGCAGAGAGACCAGGGUGGGGUGGGCGUGGAGGAGGAGCCCUUUGCGCUGGGGGCCGAGGCCUCCAACUUCCAGCAGGAGCCCGCACCCCGGGGCGGGGCCAGCACCGCAGGGGCCGAGGAGAUCGUCCCCGAGUGGGCCUCGUGCCUCAAGUCACCGCGCAUCCAGGCCAAGCCCAAGCCCAGACCCAACCAGAACCUCUCCGAGGCCUCUGGGAAGGGGGCUGAGCUCUACGCCCGCCGCCAGUCCCGCAUGGAGAAGUACGUCAUCGAGUCUUCGGGCCACGCGGAACGGGCCCGCUGCCCUUCUCCCACUAUGUCCCUGCCUUCGUGCUGGAAGUACCCCACCCAUGCACCUGGCGGCUUCCGAGUGGCGUCCCGAAGCCCGGCUCGGACCCCGCCUGCCUCCCUCUAUCAUGGCUACCUGCCUGAGAAUGGGGUCCUGCGCCCAGAGCCCUCCAGGCAGCCACCCUGCCAGCUGCGGCCCUCACUCUUUGUCCUCUCACCCAUCAAGGAACCUGCCAAGUCCUCACCCACAGCUGCCUCGCCUGCCAAGCCGAGCUCCCUGGACCUGGCGCCCAGCCUGCCCAAGGCGGCCCUCCCAACGUCGCCUGCCCUGCCUCGGCCCUCCCGCUCCUCCCCAGGCCUCUACACCUCCCCUGGCCAGGAUGGCCUCCAGCCCACUGCCGUGAGCCCUACCUACAGCAGUGAUGUCUCGCCCGUGUCUCCCUCCAGGGCGUGGUCUCCCCGAGCCAAGCAAGCCCCCAGGCCCUCCUUCUCCACCCGGAAUGCCGGGAUCGAGGCUCAGGUGUGGAAGCCUUCCUUCUGCUUCAAGUAAUGGACCCCACAGGGACCCCGCUGCCUGUCAGAGCCCGCUCUCCGAGGGCCGGAUGGAGAGCAGGAAGUGGCACAGGGCUGAGUCAGGAGUAUGGGGACUCAGGUCUCAAGGGCUGACGCUGCCACCAGCUAGCUUUGUGACGUCGGGCAAGUCACCUCCCCUCUCUGAGCUGCAGCCGCCCCUUCCCUACCACAGAGUGGUUCGACUCCGUGUCUGAGGGAUCUGAAGUCUGCCACUGCGGGGGGAGGAGGGUCACGGAGAGAGAACUCCCUUGGCAGGCCCUAACGAAGCUGGGGGGCUUCACCUGGCCUUUGUGAGCUGUAGGGAUGCCAGCGUCUUGCUGAGGGGCUUCUGCAGCAAACAGAGCCUGCCCUUGCCUGUGGGACCAGCCAGCCAAGGGUCUGCCUCCUCAGCCACCCCGGUGGGGCCGUCCUCACUGUGGCCCCAGCUCUGGCAUCUUUCUGCCUCUUGCUGGAUUCUCACCUCCACAGGUCUGUCUCUUCCACCCACCUCUGCCUUCUGGACACUGUUUCCUCUACGCUGCUUCAGAGACCUUUGCCUCGGCCUCCACAUUUUCUCUUCUCCUGGGUUCUGCUGGAUGAGGACUCAGCCCACCACUGCUGUCUGACACUCUUCUUCCUGGCCCUCUUCUCAGCUGCCUUCAUGCCCUCUCCGAACAUCUAGCUCCGCUUUUGAGACAGCUAAUGCAGUUCAUCCCAGACCUCACUCCUGGUUCUACCUAGCUUGCCCUCACUGUUCUGGGAUGUGGGAGGUCCCAGGGGACCCCUGAGAGACAGAAAGCCCUGUAGGAGGCUGUGCAGAGGUUGGUGUGCAGCUAGGAGAGAGGCCCCUAGCAGUGUAUCCAUCAGCUGUUUUGCCUUCAACCUCAGCCAAGACCUGCACGACUGAAAGCAGCCAUCUAUGUGCAGUGGAAGGGGCCGCAAGGAGAGAGGCAUCUCAGCCUCCCGUUUGCUGUGCGACUUUAGCCAAGUCACUUUCCCUUUUUGUGCCUCAGUUUUCUCAUUUAUACAAUGAGGGCCCUCCUAGCUGCACAAUCUGUGAAGAAUGAGAGGAUAGGCUGGUGCUUUGGGAGAAAGGCCCUGUAAGUGAUAAGACAGUCCCUGGGAAGAGAGGGGAAGGAAAUGGGACAGUUGCCAUAGGACAGAUGGGGAGUAGAUGUAAGGGUGUCCUUGGGAGAGUGUGGCUGGGAUAGCUGCAGCAGGAGGCCAGGAGAUCAGAAGUUUAGGCUGGGACUGCUCAGGCUCAGGAUCGCCUGGAGACAGUGGGAACGCGGCAAGGGCUGGGGCAGGAGCACAGCAGCUCCAGGAAGGGACAAAGGAGACCUUAAGGUUUUGAAAUAAAGGCUGGGACUUAGGAGAUCUGGAUUCUCAAAGAUGGACUCCAUGUGUAGCUUUGGGUCUCAGUUUCCCCAUCAUACUGUGAGGGUUUUGAGUCAGGUAGUCUGAGAUCCUCACCGCCUCUGACACCUUUGAUGUUCUGCAGCUCCCCCCAAACCACACUUUGUGGGGGUUAGAGAAUAUAGAUGCAAGAGGCAGAAUUCAGAUGGAAACUUCCCAAGACCGGGGGUGAGCACCACCCACUUUCUCUUUCCCAGCCCUAUUUCUGGGCUCCCCAGAGGGGCGAGGGGUGGUGGAGGCGGUGCCCAUGCUGGGCUGAGCCUGCAGUUUUCGUGAGCUCUCAGCUCGUCUCCAUGGCAACAGGGGGUGCCUUCUCAGUGAGUUCAUUCUGCCCAGAACGUGGGGGCAUGCAUGGGAGAGUCGUGAGGGAGCUCGGCUCCUUCACGCCAAACCCCUCCCAGGACAGAGUGAAACCCAUGUUCGGGACCCCUGCUCCCUUCCACCCCUGAGGGCCAGCAAUGGAAGAGCCCACCCUCCAUCCUGCAGCUCCUGUGAUCAGGCUGGCUGAGCUCUUCCCUCAACUUUGUUUUCUCUCCUGUUCUCAAUACACUCUGCCUCAAAUCUG